GGGCUGUGCAAGAGUUCAGGAAUGGCUUGCCGGAAUCAGGGGGAGAGUCUGAGAGAAGAGCUGACAUGUGCCAUCUGCUGUGAGCUUUUCAAUGACCCUGUCAUGCUGGAAUGCAUGCACCAUUUCUGCAGGGCAUGCAUCCAACGUUACUGGGACAAGUGCUCCCGGGUCCCUUCCUGCCCUCAGUGCAGAAGGGAGUUCCCCAACCGCACCUUUCGGUCCCACUACCUGGUGUCGGGGGUAGUGGAGAAGUUGCGGAGAUACAGCUCAGAGGACCACAAGAGAAAAAUGCAGAAACAUCUUGAAAAUGCGCUGCGAGCUCACCAGAGAGAGAUGGAGAACUUUGUGCGACAGAAGCACACCGCGGAAGAGAAUAUUUGCAGUCUGACGAAAACCUCUGGGGAGCUGAACUCUAAGAUUCAUGCAGAAUUUGAGCGACUUCAUCAAAUCCUGGAGGAAAAGGAGAGAGUUGUGUUGAUGGAGCUUGCCAAAGAGGAGGAGCUGUUGUUGGUGAGGCUGCGUGGGGACAUUAUGCAGCUAGAGGAAGGGAUCUCAGACCUGAGAAAGAACAUUGAGCACAUACAGGAAAUCCUGAACAAGACGGGAGACUCAUUACUGCUGGAGGUGGAGAGCUGGACUAUCAGGCCCCCAGUGCAUGCAGUGGCACAGCCUGCCCUGGACAUACAGUGCCACAGAGAGCGGUACAGCGGUCCCCUGCAGUACAUCUUCUGGAGACAAAUGCUACAGUCAAUCCACCCUGCUCCUGCCCCACUGACCUUUGACCCAGAAUCAGCUCACCCCAACCUCGUCCUCUCCAAAAACCUGACUGCAGUGACGGAGAGUGACAGACGCCAACCUGUCUGCAGCAGUCCCAAGCGUUUUCAGCAGUGUGUGAAUGUUCUCGGCUCCCAGGCCUUUGACAGUGGGAGCCACUACUGGGAGGUCUGGGUGGGCAGCAAGACCAAGUGGGACCUGGGGGUGGCAGCAGAGUCCGUGGACCGGGCAGCCAAGGUCAAGCUGUGUCCUGAGAAUGGCUACUGGGCGCUUCGUCUGAGGAACAGCACAGAGUACUGGGCCGCUGCCACCCCGUGGGUGCGCCUCGCCCCAAGGAGCUGCCUCCGGAAGGUGGGGGUUUUUCUGGACUGUGAAGAAGGGAAAGUGGCGUUCUACAAUGCCGAGAACAUGACCCACCUCUUCACCUUCCACCAGGCUGCUGCACGCCGGUUCUGCCCCUUCUUCAGCACUUGCUUCAGUGAUGGCAAGCUGAAUGUGGAACCCAUGAGAAUCUGCCACCUGACUCUGUAAAGACAAUGUAGGAGGGAGAAUGGGGUGGCCAGUUACCCAGGGCGCCAUACAGACGAGAGAGAACACACCAGGCCCUAGGAGCUGGUGGUACUUUCUGGUUUGGCUUUAGCUGCUGCUGUUCGGACUCCCCCUGGAAUAGGAAUCACCUACUAGAACAGCUCAGCUGGCUUCCCCCUGUGCUAGUGCCUGACCAUUUACUGGUUGAGUGAAUGUAGCAAAGGCAUGUGGACUCUGGUCAGUCUAACCUGUAAAUCCCAAGCCUCUAAGGUAGAGUUAGGGAGAAUUUCUCCAUUUGUGGCUUUAGGAAGAGAUGGAGGGGCUGAAUCUAAGUUCCCCAGUAUUUUGUCUUCUGUUCCCUGCCUUGCCAUAGGACAAGGCGGUCCUGGACUCAUCUGAGCAGCUGAGCUAAAUCCAUAGGGUAUUGUGCUCUGAGACUUCGCCAGCCUUCCUCCCACCAAAGAGAAGGUGCAUCUGAUUGCUUUAUUGGCCUCCGAGCACCCUCCUUAGCCUGUGACACUGAGGUGAACACAGCCUCCUCUCAGCAGCUGCUUUGCUACAGACUGAGACGCUUCAACGGAAACUAAGCAACCUAAGUGAACAAGCAGGAACUGCACAAUGGAAGCAAUGAUUUGGAUUCUAGCCAUUGUUAGUUGUAAUCACUCAGAGAAAGGCCACAAGACUCUUAAGGUCUACUCAAUAAACAGCUGGCUUCAAAGGGCUCCUGCCUUUCCAGGACUAGCAGGUAAAGUCUAGGGUAAGUUCUAGAGAUCUCAGUCAGUGCAUAGGGGCCUCUUGAAUUAGGUGCAGUGUAGUGGAGAUUGCAGCUUCAUGUUACAAUGGAUAGCAUGACUGAGUGGAACAAGGUGCAGGGGGGAGAUCUUCAGUGGCUUAUUGUGGUUUGGCUGCUCUUUAUUUGAUCUGCGAAGUGGACUCUGCUUAUCCUGAUGCCAGGUUUUUGCGGUGUUACAAGCAUUGAGGAGCCAGUGGAAAGGAAGAAUUGCUGUAGCCUUACUGACCUUUGCUCCCCCCUACACGCACAAGCCGCGUGGCCUUUAACAGCCUAUCACUUCUGCCUCUGGAGACCAAGUGGGGUCCUCGCUUCUCCAUUUUCUGCCUGUGAGCAGAGGAACUGUCGCACCCAGUUGCUCGCAGUGUUACAGGGAGAGUGUUAGGGAUGCUCUAGAGAGGAGGGUGGAGAGUCUGGAAGCUCCUGAAUGCAAAAUUGUUGAGGGGAAGGAAGGCAAUUCCAAGAAGGCUUCCU